CGCCGCCCCGCUCCGCACCGGCGGCCGCUGCCCUCACCAUGAACAGAGGCUUCUCGAAGAAGAGUCACACGUUCCUGCCUAAAAUAUUUAGAAAAAUGUCUUCUCAAUCAGCAAAAGAAAGGCCUGAGAGCUUGCAGUUUCCUUUCCUUGAUGACGAAGAUACCAUCUCCACGCUCAAAGAGUCUAAAACCUUUUUUAUUUUAAGAGGCCUACCUGGCAGUGGGAAGUCCACUCUCGCCCAGGCUAUUCAAGACAGGUAUAAAGAUGCCUGCAAGGUCAUUUCUGUCGAUAGCUAUAAAAUUACGCCUGGAAUAAGAAGCAGCGUUCCUGAAGAAUACUCAAAAGUUGAUGAGGAUCUAGUUGACUAUUGCAAACGAGACGUCAGCAUUAUCGUUUUGGAUGACACUCACCAUGAAAGGGAACGGCUGGACCAAAUCUUCGAUAUUGCUGACAAAUACCGGUACAAAGUCAUCUUUGCUGAGCCCAAAACCCCGUGGAGAAUGGAUUGCUCGCAGCUUAAGGAAAAGAAUCAAUGGAAACUGGCAGUGGAAGACCUGAAGAAGAUGAAGCCAAGCUUGGAGAAGGAAUUUCUACCCAUGUAUUUUGGGUGGUUUUUGAGCAAAAGAAGCUCUGAGAACCUGAGGAAGGCUGGCCAGCUCUUCUUAGAUGAGCUUGGAAGUCUCAAAGCCUUCAAAAAGGAGAGCAAAUAUUUUGCUUUUGCUAUUGAAGAUCCCAAAAUAAAAAUGGAUCUCACCAGCUACUUUGUGAAGAGACCACCUGGGGUCUUACACUGCACCACAAAAUACACAGAGUUUGGAAAAGCCCCCGGGGCUGAGGAAUACGCACAGCAAGAAGCCGUGAAGGCUUCCUACGGCAAAGGCUUCACCUUGUCCAUUUCUGCUCUGUUCAUCACAACGAAAACUGUUGGUGCCCGCGUGGAGCUGAGCGAACCGCAGCUGCUGCUGUGGCCUGGAGAUGUCGAUAAGCUCCUGUCCACCGACAACCUCCCGAAAGGCAGCCGGGCUCACAUCACCCUCGGCUGUGCCAACGGCGUAGAAGCAGUCCAGACUGGGCUCGAUCUGCUGGAGUUUGUGAAACUGGAAAAGGCAGGGAACAAAGGGGAUGAAGUGGGGGAAAUCGGAGGGGGGAAACUGCAGUAUUUUGAUAAUGGUAUGUGGAUGCUCGUCCUUUCCAAAAAGAUCGAUGUGAGGGCGAUAUUCUCAGGUUACUAUGGAAAAGGAAAACUUGUGCCUACGCAGAGCACCAACAAACGGGGCUCUGCUUUUAGUUCCUGCACCAUCAUCUAAGAGCAUGGGCAGGGUAGCUUUCUUCUUUUGUUGUUUUUAAAAGGCAAGUAACUCAGUAACCUUUAUAAUUGUAAAGAGAAAUAAUUCUACCUUUACUAAAGCAAGCCCUUUUUGCCAGCCCCAGUAUGAAGUCUCUGGGGAGACAGUUUAUUGGCCUCUGGAAGAAAACAAACAGCUCUUGUCUGACCAAGGAAAGCUGUCAAAUAACCGAUGUCAGUAACUGAGGUGUUGCUGAGUGCUUUUAAUGGAAGAGUUUUGGAAAGAACGAGCCGUGGUGUUCUGCUUGUUUUCUUCCUCAGAGGAAGAUCUUCUAUGGUCUUUUAUAACUUCCCUAUGAACCACAAUCGUUAGAUCUCUACAUGCCAGCACUAUAUGAUCAAGCAGUGGCAGACCAAAGCCUGUACAGAACUGGGCUGAAGCCAAGUGAAGUGAACUGCGUAAUGCCUCUCCCCUUCUCCCAAACCAGGGGGACUAAAAGUCAGUAAUUCUGGUAGCUGAACUACUAGGUGAAAACCAGUAAGAUCCAAUUAUGGGUCACUUCUGUCAAGUGUGGAGUUGCCAAUAAUUUAGUCCAUAGGAAGAGGAUUUGCAACAGGCAGCAGGGUACCUAAAAGCCUUCUGUGUUCUACCCCAAUUCAUGCUCAGGCCUCCUUCAAGUGCAGGGAAGAGACGUGCUGGUGAGCACACAAAAGGAAAGCACAGUGCCAGAUAAUGCCUUAGAGACAGAAAAAAUAAUAUCCCAGAAGAAGAAACAAGUUAAAUCUCAGGAGAUGCAUUCGGUUCCUGUAACGUGGCUCCAGUCCCUUCAGAGCACAUGUAAGAGUGGGGCAGGACCAAGCCCUGUCCUGCGCCCUUGUUUUGUAGGGAACAAUCCUGCCUUGGCGGGGAGUGGAAGAGAUGAACUAAUGUCUUUUCCAUCUUAUUUUAUAGAAACUAAAAUCGUGUCUGAAGUAUAGAACUGUACUUCAUGCAAGAUUUUACUAGUUUUAUCUAAUGCACUUGAAUGUUAAAAGUUAGGAUGGAAGUAACAUUGUAAUUUAGGAAGUAAAUGGAGGUAUUGUAACUGCGUAACUUAAGUCUGCUCAAACCUAAACCAUUGGCUGGAAAAGAGUUAAUGAUCAAGUACUUUUGUUAUUAAGUCUGUUUUAUUAAAGCUUAUGUUUUUGCUCUUAGCCAGGUUGUUUGUCAGUCAUCAGUGGCUAUGUGGUCACUACUUUACCGUAACAAAAAGCUCAACUAAUGGAUUCCGGUCAGGACAACAGUUUAAACUCAUGCUAGGGCUCAGUGUUUGGUGAACUGCACAGUGAAGUUAAUCCCGUAUUAAUAAAUGUAAAUACUUACUGUGUUUGACAUGCAUGUGCUGGGUUCGUAUCUGUAAAGGAGCUGUCACAGGGGCAGUGCUUACCUGUAGCUGUGUGUGCUCAAACCCAAACCGCUCAGGAAGCCCAACUCAGCCUGUGCAAGAAGCAUUUCUCCUCUGAACACUUAAAACAACAGCAAGGAGUGCUUUGGGCUAAUCCGAUAAACACUCCCCAUGGUUUCUAGCAAAGCAAAAUAUUUCCUGCUGUUUCAAAAAGACGGAAUACCUGUAAUCCCCCCUUACCUUCAAGGGAUAAACAGUUGGCUAGCUUCUGCACCAGGAGAGUUGCAAGUGCCAUGUGAGAAGUCUCACGCGGUUUUGUUCCAUCAAAACUAUAUAAAAAAAUAAUUUAACAGCAUCUGCCCAGGACAGCCCUUGAGAGGUUGCAGGAGCAUGCUGAGCCACCUCUCCCUCCAGUGCUCUGGUAACACAACCCAACGCUCCAGAUCACAUCCAGCACCGAAAUGCACGGCUGGAGUAUCUCGUUUAUUUGCCUGUUCAAGAACAACAGUGAGACUGUCCUCCUUUAAGUUUUUAUUAGUUUGUACAUCAUAUACAGUUUAUAAUAAAGUAAACCAAUUGCA